AUGCCUUGCUCGAAGAAGCCUGAUUAUUUACAGAGUCUGCUUCUCUUGCAGUGGCCCCUUAGCUACCUUGCCAUCUUUUGGAUCGUGCAGCCAUUGCUCGUUUGCCUGUUGUUCACACCUUUGUGGCUGUUACCAGCACUUUACUUCGUCUGGUUUUUCCUGGACUGGAAGACUCCAAAUCAAGGUGGCAGACGUUCGGCCUGGGUAAGGAACUGGCGUAUCUGGACCUACUUCAGAGACUAUUUCCCCAUUACAAUCCUGAAGACUAAAGAACUGCCACCUUCACGCAACUACAUCAUGGGGGUCCACCCCCAUGGGCUCCUGACCUAUGGCGCCUUCUGCAACUUCUGCACUGAGUCCACAGGCUUCUCAAAGAUCUUCCCAGGCAUCACUCCUCACUUGGCCACACUGUCCUGGUUCUUCAAGAUCCCGAUAAUUAGGGACUACCUUAUGGCCAAAGGAGUGUGUUCUGUGAGCCAGCCAUCUAUCGACUACCUGCUGAGCCAUGGCACUGGAAAUCUCGUGGGCAUUGUUCCGGGAGGAGUGAAAGAGGCCCUACAGAGUAUGCCUAACACCACCACCCUCAUUCUCCAGAAGCGCAAAGGGUUUGUGCGCACAGCCCUCCGACAUGGGGCUCAUCUGGUGCCUACCUUCACGUUUGGAGAAACUGAGGUAUAUGACCAAUUGGUGUUCCACGAGGACAGCUGGAUAUUCAAGUUCCAAAGCUACUUCCGCCAGAUCUUUGGUUUCUAUUUUUGUUUCUUCUAUGGUCAAGGCUUCCGUCAAGGCUCCUUUGGACUCCUACCAUACCACAGGCCCAUUGUCACUGUAGUUGGGGAGCCUUUGCCACUGCCCCAUGUUGAAAACCCAAGCCCAGAGAUGGUGGACAAAUAUCAUGCACUAUACAUGGAUGCCCUGAAAAAGCUGUUUGACCAGCAUAAGGUCCAGUAUGGCUUCCCAGACACCCAAAAGCUGCUGUUUUUGUGA